UCAAAACAUGUCAAAAAUUGCAAAUUAUCAACCUUAUCACAAACCGUGAUCACAAAUUUCUAACCUAUAAACAAAUAUUUGUUUAUGUUAUUAGAAAUAAAAUGAUAGUUACAGUUUAAAAAACAAAAAUGUUUCGAACACUUAACUUUCUUUACAAAACAUGUAACAUUAAAACGGUACAUACAUUAACGCGAGUCCAAACGAAGUUUUUUAGCUUAUCUUCAAGUCUAAGACAUGGUGAAUAUGAAUGGCAGGAUCCAAAAUCAGAAGACGAAGUUGUAAAUGUUGUGUAUAUAGACAAGGAUGGAAAGAAAACUAAUGUACGUGGGAAAGUCGGAGACAAUGUGUUAUAUUUAGCACAUAGAUAUGGUGUGGAGAUGGAAGGUGCUUGUGAAGCAUCACUAGCUUGCACGACAUGUCAUGUGUAUGUACACCAGGAUUAUCUGGAUAAACUAACUGAACCCGAGGAAAAAGAAGAUGACUUGUUAGAUAUGGCACCGUUUUUGAAAGAAAAUUCUAGAUUGGGGUGUCAAAUCACACUGACGAAAGAAAUGGAAGGAAUGGAACUAACGUUACCCAAGGCAACUCGUAAUUUCUAUGUCGAUGGUCACAAGCCUACACCACACUGAAAAAACACUGAACAGUUACAACCAAGUUUCAGGAUUUGAAUAUCAUGAAUUUAUUUGAACUAAUUACUCUGUUUUAGCUUCUUUUUAAAGAUGUUUCUUGUUGAUCAGUUUAUAAAUACUGUAAAUAAUUGAUUUUUGUUUUAUCAGAAGAUAAGUUAAUGUUACGGUAGUUGAAAUAAAAUAUAUAAAAUAAGAAAA